GUUAAAGAAAUGAAAGCCUAUAAGUAGAGGCGUGUACAAAGUACAAACAGGUUGUUGAUGCAGCAUUAAACAACUAUCGACAGAUAAGCAAAGACUUGGUUAAGACUUUUACAGAAAUAUAUAUCAAAGUUUCGCAGGAAAGUAAGACAUAAAAGAAUCUUUUGCACUCCGGUUCCACAAGGGAGAUAAUUGAUAAGAGCUCUCCUGUGGGAAAGUAUUUCGGGUGAGAAGUUCGAACGCCGUAAAAGGGAUAUUUCAGUUCUCGGAAAUGAAAACAACAUUAUCAUACCUAUUUUUCCUCAUCAGUCUAUUGACUGCACUUCUUCAUUGCAUUACAUGCAGUCAGUAUGAUUCCAGUAUAGAAGACAAUGAAUUUGCUGAGUUUGAAGAAUUUGAUGAAGAUGAUCCGGUUGAUUCGAAUUCUAACUACAAUCAACAAGAAACAUAUUUAGGAAGUGAGUCAAAACCGUCUUCAGAAGAGCAACAGCAGCAGCAACAAAAAUGGUCCCAAUAUCCUGAUAAUACUGCUGAAGAUGACGAUGCUACUGUGGAGACGGAAGAUGAUGAGAAUGAUUAUUUGAAUGAUGAUGAAGAAUUUGAAGGAUUUGAUGAUAAGGAACGUAAUUUUGGCAAAGGCAAAUCACAUGAAGCAUCUCCUGGACUCACUAUUCCAAAUAUACCUUACCAUUUACACACCAACUGGGACAGUUUUUAUAUGGAGAUGUUGAUGUUGGGUGGGCUUUGUGCAUAUUUCUUGAACUUUCUGGCUGGAAAAUCAAAAAACCACAAAUUGGCUCAAGCUUGGCUAAAUGGACAUAAAGAACUGCUAUAUUCAAAUUUUUACAUUGUUGGGGACGAUGGAGCUACCAAAGAUGCUCAGUCAGGAAUGUUGCUCAAAGAAUCAGAGAAUGUUUAUGUUCUUUGGUGCAGUGGUCGUGUCUAUGUUGAGGGAAUGCUAGUUGAAUUAAAGUUCAUCAAACGACAAGAUUUAGUUAAUACUAUCGCUCGAGCUUUGAAACCUUCAUCAGAUCAAAUUGUUGUUACAGUAGACAUGGAACCAAACACAAUGGAUAAAUUUGUCUGCUGUGUUGCCCAGAAAAAAGUUUGUGCCAAGUUACAUCGAGACAUGUAUGACUUAAGUCAGUUUUGCACUGAAAAGAAAAAUGCUGAAAAAUUUGAUUUGCCAUCAAGUUAUCAGAUUUUAAGUGAAAUUGGAGAAGCCACAUCUGCUGUCAUAGACAAACGGGUUUAUCACAUACUGACAAAAUACGAAGGACUUGUAGAAUAUAUACAUUUCUCAGACAUGUACUCAGGACCCAAAAAUCAGGAUGAAUCAGUACCACAGAAGAUGCCUGCAUCAAGACCAGUGAUAAUAUUUUGUUUCAAUGUACCUGGCCGAGGUCAUACAAAUACAGCUGACAUGGAAUCUAUGAAACCUCUGAUGCAAAUGAUAUUUCACUGUAUUGACAAAGUCAGUCGAAUGCAACUUAGUAAAGAUGCUCGUCAAAAGGCUGAAAGGAACCGACAAAAAGCUGAAGAAGCAUUUCUAAAAGCUGCCCAUGCUCAGCGCCAGGAAGCUGCACAACAGAGAAGAGAAGAGAAACGAAGGGCAGAAAAAGAAAAGAUAAUGAAUGAAGAUGAUCCUGAUAAGACUCGAAAGUGGGAGGAACGGGAAAAUAAAAGAGAUCUGAAAAAGAAACAACCAAAAAUGAAGAGGAUGACACUUUCUUGAAACAUUUGAAAUCUCAUCUGAAAGAUGUAAAACGCUAUGGACAAUUUGUAAUUCUUUGAAAUUAAGUUUUUUGCAUUCACUAAAUUAUAGCCAACUAUUCAGAAUGAAUUUAAAAAUGCCAUA